AUGACUCUAUCGAUACACCAAACCCUUAAAGACUUCUUGGAGACUUUGCAGCUUGAACGAUACCAUCAGGCAUUCAUUGACGCAGGCGCAACUGAUCAAGAUUUGGAUCAAAUAGCUCAGUUUACUGAGCAGGAGCUAUCAGAGUUUUUAUCUGCUUUGAACAUGCUACCUUUUCACUCUAUCAAAUUCAAAAAGGCAGUGAGAGAAUUGAAUGCAACGCACCGGAUACAAGGACCACUUGCAUCUGUAGCCCUGACAACCACAAAUGAUACCACUACAGCGUCUACAACAUCUACCAAAGAAUUCAUCAUAGCAAAUGCUACCAUCUACGGAAAAAAGACAAGCAGAGCAUUGACAUCCUAUGAGGAAGCCAUCAACCGUGCAUCAAUUCAAUUAGCACUGGAUAACCCUCUGUUGAUAUCUAAAAAAGGCGAUUUGUUUGAUCUAGCCAAAAAGAAGCUGCUUGAAGAAGGCUAUCACUAUAAAAGAGGUUCCAGCAGAUCUAAAUUGCGAGAGAAGAGCACCACGCCUCCCGCAAAGAAUGUAACAAUGUCGCAACAUCAUCAUGAUGAUAGUCAGCAACGGGCAAUCAUGAUGAAACGACAAGAAAAUGCAAAGCGCCUAUCAGAACAGCGAUUAGGAAAAAUUGAAUCUCUUCAACAGCAAGUAGAUCAUGCAAUUCAGAGUCGGCAGGCAACAGAGAAUCAAUUGGCCCAGAGCAACAUGCAUCGUGACACUUUGACACAACUUGCCAUGGAAGCUGAGCUGAUACGAUACGAAGAGACAAAAGUCAAGCUUACAAAAGAGAUCAGCAAACUGAAAGCACAAGAAAGAAAGCAUCAAUGGUACAAGCGUCGCAAGAUGGAACGAUCAGCGAGUCAUGCUAGUCAAUACACAGACGAAGGUUUGUCUUCCCAGUCAUCCUCUUACUUUGAGGAAGAUAGCUUCCAUCAUCAGCAUGACAUCAACAGCAAUACCACUGCCUUCAUAUCUUCUCAGUCUUUAAACGUGGGCUUCUCUAUGUAUAAACCUUUGUCUCCCGCUUCCUCCUAUGCUGCAUCAUACCCUUCCUCUCAAGAAAACAAUGACAAUGAGGACGACGAAGAAGAUGAUCGGCUAACGCUGCAAUCAAGGAACUCUGUUAGCUCACAGUCAUCAAGUGCAACAAUCUCCAACUUGCUAUGCUGUCCUAGAGAAAGUGAUGUCCGUGCUAGCUCAAUACAUAGAUUUGAUCAUUGA